AUGAAGACACAUGGGAAGCCCCGUGCCGGUCUCGAAUGCAUGGCAACAAUGGACGACAUCACCGAGGAAGACGGGAACUACUGUGAGUUCCAGACGUUCCCCAGUCGGUCGUGGCACGCCGCUUCCUUCUGCUCGGACGUCGUCGAGCAGCUGCUGGCCACGCAAUUCCACACUUUUAUGAAAAAAGUGCAAGAAACGGACUGCAAAGCCGAGCUACGACGUCUCGUGGCUAAGGGUCCCCCCUUGUGGAUCGAAGAUAAACACGCGCUACCGCUCCCGGAAGGAGAUACACACAUUACGCACGUGUGGUUCGCCAAGGACGGCAACGAGCGCAGUGCCAAGCUAGAUGGGGCCGUCGAAGGCGAAGCCCGCGAACAAUUGUGGCAAGAGUUGAAGCAGCUUGUGGCUGCCGUGGACAAUGACAAGGAGGACAUUCGAUAG